AUGUCAAAAUAUGAGUUUCCAGAAUUUCUUCCAAGGGCAAAAAUCUGGAAAAAUGUCACUGACACAUUCUUGGAAGUCAAACCGGAUAAAGAGCUCAAAUUAUACCGGAAAGACAAGUCCAAGCAAAGAACGAAAUAUUAG